CUCUGCAGGUCGAUUCCAAUGUCUGGGCGGAUCCGCUCGCUCGGCGAUCUGUUGCCGUGCCUGAGUGUGAGGCCAUUGUGGGCAGUGACUGUGGCAGAGCUGGUGGAAGUGUUUUCACCACAUAUUUGAAAGAAAAAUAUUUUCAGAUAUUAUCAACAAUGAAGACUAUUAAGAAAGUGUCAAGCAUAAAGAAGGAAAUGGCAGAUACAAUUCAUAUAUCCUUCCAAAGUGAGGAAUUUGGAAUUGAAUAUUCAACUUUUCAACCCGAAGUAAAACACGAACUACAGGAAGCACAAAGCACCAAUUCAAAGCUUAUUUUAUAUGAGGGAAGCCAUAUAGAAGAUCAACAAUCUCCACAGUCUGAUUUUGGAAAUUGCUUUACCAGUAUGUCAGAAGCUCAUACACAGGAGGUCACUCACACCAAUAAAAUGCCUUUGUCUUUUGCUAAUUGUAGGAAACCAGACCUUCUUAGACGUGAGAAACCCUUUGAAUGUUUUCAGUGUGGGGAAUGUUUUCUUACAAGUCGAACACUUCUUCAGCAUCAGAUAGUUCACACAGGAGAGAAAGACUUUGUCUGUUCUGAAUGUGGGAAAUGUUUUGCUAGGAAGCAGGGUCUUGUGGAACAUCAAAGAACUCACACUGGGGAGAAACCUUUUGAAUGUCCCAGCUGUGAGAAAUGCUUUGCCACAAAGCAAAGGAUGCAUGUGCAUACAAGAAUACACACAGGAGAAAAACCUUAUUCGUGUGGCAUAUGUGGGAAAUGGUUUUCUAAAUAUCCAAAUCUUAUUAGACACAAGAGAAUUCACACAGGGGAGAAACCAUUUGCAUGUUCUAAAUGUGAAAAAUGUUUUAUCACAAACUCAAGUCUGAUUUUACAUGAGAGAACACACACAGGAGAGAAACCAUUUGCAUGUUCUUUAUGUGCAAAAUGUUACUCCUCAAAGUCGGGGCUUAUUUUACACGAGAGAAGCCACACCGGAGAGAAACUGUUUGCGUGUCCAGACUGCGGAAAGUGUUUCAUCAGAAAGGAACAUCUUAUUAGACAUCAGAGACGUCAUACGUUGGAGAGACAAUUUGCAUGUAUGAAAUGUGGGAAAUGUUUUAAUACAAAGUCAGAAUUUCUUAGUCAUGACAGGACGCAUACAGGAGAGAAACCAUUUACAUGUCCUGAUUGCGGGAAGUGUUUUGCAAGAAAGCAACAAGUCUAUGAACAUAAGAAAAUGCAUACAGGGGAGAAACCAUUUCCAUGUUCUGAAUGUGGGAAAUGGUUUUCCAAAAAGUCAAAUCUUCUUAGACAUGUGAGAACUCACACUGGUGAGCGACCUUUCACAUGUUCUGAGUGUGGAAGAUGCUUUUCCAAAAAGACAAGCCUUAUGAAGCAUGUGAAAUCUCACCUUUGUGAAAUGCCCUUUUCAUGUUCUGCAGAAAAUGUUUGACCACAGUGUCAGCAAUCUGAUUUCACAUGUUUCGUGGACAUCAUAUAUUGUACAUGCUUUGUUUGUUCUUAAUGUGGAAGAUGUUAGAAUAGCUGAGACACAGCAGGGUUUAUUGACUGAACUCCAAAUUAUACCAAAUUGAAAUCAGAAUUUAAACUUUUAGGCAAAAAUUAGCUGAUAUGGAAGGAUUGGUAAUUUGAGCCUAAAUGUUGUCAUUUGUAUCUCAGUUUAUUACACUCCAUAGUUCAUCCAAUCCAGUCAAUAAACCC